AAAAAGGGUAAAACUGCCAGCGGGUGGGUUUUUUUUUAAAGGUGGUGGUGCAGGAAGAAGUGCUGGCAGGGUUUCGCCUGUUUAGACAGAGAAACGAAUUUCGAGUUUCCUCCUGGCGUAUCGUGUGACCAGCCAACGCAAAAAUGUCUGUCGCUGGCUUGAAGAAACAGUUUUAUAAAGCGAGUCAGAUGGUGAGCGAGAAAGUAGGAGGAGCAGAAGGUACUAAGCUGGAUGAAGACUUCAAGGAUCUAGAAAGGAAGGCUGAUAUCACCAGUAAGGCUAUAGUGGAAGUGUUAUCCAGGACAUCAGAGUAUCUGCAGCCCAACCCAGCUUCUCGGGCCAAACUGUCCAUGUUGAACUCUGUUUCGAAGAUUCGUGGGCAGGUCAAGAGUACCGGCUAUCCACAGGCAGAGGGAGUUCUGGGGGAGUGCAUGGCCAGAUAUGGCCGUGAGAUGGGGGAAGACACCAACUUCGGUGGCGCUCUUGUUGAGAUGGGGGAGUCUAUGAAGAGGCUGGCUGAAGUCAAGGAUUCCCUGGAUAUUGACGUGAAGCAGAACUUCAUCGACCCUUUCCAGACCAUCGUAGACAAGGAUCUCAAGGACAUCCAGCAUCAGUUGAAGAAGGUGGAAGGCCGGAGGUUGGAUUACGACUACAAGAAGAAAAGGCAUGGAAAGAUUCCAGACGAGGAGCUGCGCAUGUCUCUGGAGAAGUUCCACGAGUCCAAAGAGGCUGCAGAGAUCAGCAUGCACAAUCUCCUAGAAACUGACGUGGAACAGGUGAGCCAGCUUUCUGCUCUGGUGGAGUCUCAGCUGCAGUUUCACAAACAGUCAGUGCAGGUGCUGGAAGAACUGGCCGAGAAUAUGAGAGACCGAGUGAACCGUGCCCAGGCUCAUCCACGUCAGAAGCGAAUGCCCAAACCGAUGCCCAGCUUCGACUCGGACUGCUCAGAGUCUUCUAACGGGAGUUUCAGUCCUCCUGCAGUUCCCGCAAACUUUAACGCAGCACCUGCUCUGCCGAACCGAACCUCUGUACGCCAGAAACGCCAGUCAAUGGAGCAGCCUUGCUGCAAAGCCCUGUAUGACUUUGAGCCAGAGAAUGAGGGAGAGCUGGCUUUCCGUGAGGGGGACAUCAUCACUCUGACUAGCCAAAUCGAUGAGAACUGGUACGAGGGCACGCUGCAUGGCCAAGCCGGCUACUUCCCCUGCAACUACGUGGAGGUGGUGGUACCACUUUCUCGCUGAGGCACACUGACUGGAGAAACGAUGAAUAGAUAAAGAGAGAAAGAGAUUAGGGAUUUUUUUUUUUUAAAGCAGCAAAAGCUUGAGACUUGGAGCAGUGUAUGAAUAUGAACUACGCCAUGAGAUGCAAAAUAUUCUGUUCUUUCCUGUGCACUUUUUCCAGUAUGUCCCUUCAGUCAGCCAUUAGAGGUGGGUCUCUAAAACACUAUCAUACCCUAAUUUCCUGCCCUUCCCUCCUAUUGGAGCGACUGAGCCACGAGAGAUCAUUAUCUGUGUUUUUCUUCUUUUUUUUUAAUCAUGUACAUCUGCAGUUUCUUCUGUCUGUCCUUUUUUUCAAUCAACACGACCUCAUAAUUUUUUUGUGCUCUCUGCCCCCUAGUGGCUGUGCCAUUGUACCACACCAGCAACAUUCUCCUAGCAGUCUGAGUCUGAUUUUGAUUUCUUCUGCUCUUAUUUGUACCAAAUCGGUAGCAUUUUAGUAGGAUUCA